UUUUUCUGCCUACCUAUAUCUGUCCACAUCUUUAGUUUCAUUUAGUAUUGAAAGACUAAGGUUUCUUCCUCCAGGAUUCAGGACUCCGUAAGGUGGAAAGGACCACAUGGAUGUUAUAUACAACAAAGUGCUAACACUACAUCCUGUUUUACUUCUGAUAAGUUAAUAAUUUAUCUUAUAGUUUUCAGAGAAAGGAUAUUCUCAUAUUCUAUUGUUUAUUCACCAUAAUCCCACAUUUGAAAAGUUCUUGUCUGACCAGGAUCUCUCUUGCCGAAGCAUUUUGCCUAUAUCUUUCUCUUCUUUGUGACUAUUAACAACUCUCCCUUGGUCCUGUUCCUAGAUCCAGAUUUAGAGAUAUGGAUAAUGAUAAUGGGACAGCAGUGACUAAAUUUAUUUUGUUAGGAUUCUCAGAUUUGGGAGCCUAUCAGCUUCCCCUCUUUUGGGGAGUACUCUUUAUCUACCUGGUUACCAUACUGGGAAACUCUCUGAUCAUCACCCUUACCUUGCUUGACUCAGCCCUGAACACACCCAUGUACUUCUUUCUCAGACAUCUCUCUGUGAUAGAGAUUCUCUACACUACCACUAUUGUGCCCAGGAUGCUGAGUGAUCUCCUCUCCUCAUAUCCUGUCAUCUCUCCUGCUGGCUGUUUCACCCAGAUGUAUUUCUUUGCCCUCUUUGGCAUUGCUGAAUGCUGUCUGCUCACUGCCAUGGCUUAUGACCGUUAUGCUGCCAUUUGCCGGCCCCUGCACUAUGCCACAUUGGUGAACAGACAGGUAUGUGUGGGUAUGGUGGUUGCUUCUUAUUUAAUGGGGAUCACCUCAGGUACCACCCACUCCAUGUUCAUCUUUACCUUGCCCUUCAAUGGCAUCAAUAUUGUUCACCACUUUUUAUGUGACAUUUUACCAGUUUUGAGACUGGCCAGUGGAGACACAUUCUGGGGUGAGGUUGGAAAUCUUGCUGUUACCCUGCUCUUUAUCAUUACUCCCUUUGCCUUGAUUCUCUUUUCCUAUGUUCGAAUUCUCAUUACCAUACUUGGGGUAGCCUCUGCUCAGGGACGCCAGAAAGUCUUCUCUACUUGUUCUUCCCACCUACUGGUUGUCACCCUCUUCUUUGGGACUGGGACUAUUGCCUACAUGAGACCUCAAGCCAAUGCAACCCAGGAUAUGGAUCAAAUCCUCUCCCUUUUCUAUACAGUUGUAACCCCCAUGUUCAACCCUUUUAUUUAUACCCUGAGGAACAAGGAAGUGAUGGGAGCCCUGAGGCGUAAACUAACAAAACACCUUUGAGGUCCUUGCCUGGUCCAGUGGUUUUCUUGGCUUCGUUCUUGGUGAGUUGAGAUGAUCCUGAUCUUAUAUUUAAGAAAAUUUUAUAUUUUUCAGACAUGAAAUAUUUUUCUGUUCUAUCCCUCACUCUAGAAAAAACACCACUAGUAACAAAUAUAUAAAGUCAAGCAAAACACAUUCCUUUCCUGGCUUUGUCCAAAAAUGUAUAUUCUAUUCUGUCUGUUUAGUGUUCACCAUCAGGACCUGAUCUUUGUAAAUGAGGGGUAUUGUGAUUAAAUUAAACUCUGGUCCUUACUUUCCAUAGAGUUUAUUAAUAUUUACUUGAAUAUGACAGGAUAGACAGAUAGGAAGAGAUUGAGGCCUAUUCUCAAUCUAGCCUCAUAGGAGCUCCUCUCAUGGAUCUCUCUCCCAGCCCACUACUGUGCCCAAGGGAAUAGAGAACUUUUUUUAGAGAACAUUUUUGAACUUUUUCAACCUUUUGAACCCCACCCCCUUUCUAGUACAAUCAUCUCCAGAUCAAGUAUGUAGGCCACAGUCCUGUGACCUACACUGGAGCACAUGGAAGCAGGCCAGACCCAAACCCAUGGUUCCUUUCACACAAGUGGCUGGGACCUGAAUAUGACCUGAAUUCUUAGAUUUUUGCUCAUUGAAAGGAUUCCUGGGAGAUUAUUGUUGAGAUGGACUUGGUCUUCCAGAACAGCAUCCUUC